AUGCGUAUAUUCAUCAUUUAUGUUCAACAUUAUGAUUUAAAGAGUCAACCAAUUCUUAUACAUUCUACAUUGAUAAAAACUCGAUUAAAAACAACAAAAUUAUCGCUAAAGAACAAAGAAAAUAAUCAACAUAUUAUUCUUUAUAAUCGUAUACCAAAAACGGCUAGUGAAACAUUGAAUUAUUUAUUUCAUCAACAAUCUCAUAAAAAAUAUUAUCGUAUGAUACAUAGUAAUCAAUAUGUUUCAUAUAAUUUAUCAUUAAAUAAACAAUAUUUAUUUAUUAAACAAAUUUAUACAUUUAAUCCACCAAUACUCUAUGAGCGACAUGUUUAUUUUGUUGAUUUUUUACAUUUUAAUAAACAACAACCAAUAUAUAUAAAUAUGAUACGUGAUCCUAUUAAACGAACAGUAUCAAAUUAUUAUUAUUCUCGUAGAAUGUGUUUAAAAAAAAAUCGUUGUACAUUUAUUAAAAAUCGAACAAUACUUAAUUAUACGUUAGACGAUUGUAUUGAAACAGAAAAUGAACCAUUCAAAUGUAUAACAUUAGAAUAUGGUGUAACAUCCGCUAUACCUUUUUUUUGUGGUCAAAAUCAUUUAUGUUCAUCGAAUGAAAAUUUAUCAUGGGCUGUUGAAAAAGCAAAAUCAAAUAUUGAUAAAUAUUAUACUGUAGUGGGUUUGACCGAAAAUAUUGAACAAUUGUUAUUUAUAUUAGAAAAAUUAUUACCAAAUUAUUUUAGAAAUAUUAGUCUAGUAUAUAUUAAGAAGAGACGGCCACAUAUUAAUUUUAGUCCGAGAAAAUGGAGAAAAGAAUUAAAACCAAAUACUCAUCUCAUUCUAAAAGAUUUACUUAAAUUUGAAUAUGAUUUAUAUAAUUAUAUUAAAAAACGUUUUCAUGAACAAUAUAAACAACUUCAGCUAAUAAAUAAAAUACAUGAAUAA